GACCCAAUUCAGCCCAAAGCUCAUUCUUUUUUUUUUUUGGCGAUUCUAUCGUCAAUAAAUUGUUCUGCAAAUUCCUUCCGAGGAAAUGAAUACCCAUCUCGCUUCAUCUAUGACUAGACGGGAAUACGGGAGCGAUGAACUCCAAAUGCCGAGUUGGGACAUGUCCAUGCAAAUGUACACCGAUGGAAAUUUAUUGGCAAAUGGGUCUUCCACGGAUACGACGUUAUUCAACAGUGACAACCAGCACCUCCAUUACUCUUAUUCCUUUUUCCAACCUCACACAGGUUAUGAUGAGAUGGGCAGCUCAAGUCACGAUGGAAUUCUCCGAGAUUCAGCCUUGUCUAACCUCAAGUUAUCAAUCCCAUAUUUCAAAUCGGAAUUUCCUUACCCAAAAAGAAUUCAUGACAACGAUGCAAUGCCAUUGACGGAGACCAACGGCGUCAAAAAGACGAAAACUGAUGUCACAAAACUUUUAUCCAAGGUUUCUCCGACAAAGAAAAACAACAAGCUUAGCGAGAAGAUCACGAUUCUUCAGAAGUUAGUUUCUCCUUAUGGCAAGGCUGAUAUAGCUUCUGUUCUCGAAGACACUUCUCUCUAUAUCAAGUUGCUUCAACAGCAAAUCCAGGAUCUGUUUCAUAUAUUCGUAAGCUCAUAUGACGCUGCAACUACUACUAAUUCGCAGGGGACAUCAGAGGAAGAACAAAACUUGAGGAGCAAAGGGCUCUGUCUGGUUCCAAUGUCUUUCUCUCGUAAACUUUCCAAGACGUCGUGAUAAUAAUACUCAUGCAGAUGCCUACAUCCUCAAUUUACAAAAUUACCAUUAAGAAUUUUAGAAAUUUAAAUGGAACGUAUUUACGCUUU